GUCUCUCGAUACCCCGCAAUACCCGACAACUAGUAUUCUACCAUGUCCGAUGCCAACUUCGCCCCCGCCUCCGCCUCCGAUUCCAACAUUCUUAGUCUCGUUCUCACUCCCAACAAUCCAGUUAAUACUACACUUGUUACCGAAGAGGGCAAGGCGUACUAUACUGUAUUCACGGAGCAUACGAACAAAGCAUCAUUUACUCAAGUGCGGGAUGUCAACGAGGAAAUUAUAGGAUCUCUGGAAUGGAGGGAUACUCUCCCUGAUAAGGUUACCUAUGGACGUAACAAGACUGUGUCAAUAUGGGAUUGGAUGAAGAAGAGUAUCAUCCCAUUUAAGGCUGACAUCUCGUUCUCUGACGAUCAGAAACGAUCAUAUAAGUGGAAAGGCAAUUCUGCUGGACGUAGUCUCGAGCUUUGGACCUCGGACUCGAUAGCUCCAAUCGCACUCUUCCACGCACCUCGUCGUCUUCCCAAUCCGGAAGACAAAUCACUGCCUCCGAUUUGGACGAAGGCGAAGCUCAUACUCAAUACUCGAGCACAAGAGAUCCAGGAUCUCGUUGUAACGAGUUUCCUGUUCUUGGAGAAGAACAGGCGGAUGAACGAAACUACGAGUCAGAAUGCAGCGGAUUUUCGUGGUUUCCUCCACUCAGUAGGCCCAGUCCUUUAGGAGAUUACAAGGUUAGGAAUCUCGGGGUUGGCAGAUUGUGCUACACGCUUUCUCUAUACCGUACCAUAUUUUACGAGCCAUAUGGAAGCCAAAAGGUGAUAAGUACAUAGUAACAGAGCGCUUGGCGCCGUGGUAGCGUG